UGUGACCUACCUGUUUUCCUCAACCAGGGUCUCUGGAGCCUCCGGGAGUUCAUUGCAGUCCAGGGCCCCCUCCCCCACACUGUGGGCGGCUUCUGGCGCCUGGUGUAGGGGCAGCGGAGCCCCACACUGCUCACGCUGACCAACUGCGUGGAGUCUGCCCAGGGUGAAGCUGAUCUCAAGGACCUUGUGAAAGAAGAGUCCUCCCGGCUGGGAUGAAUCUACACCUGGCUGCCUGUGGGUCCUGCCUUGUCACCAGAGCAGGGGGGAUUCCCCGGCACUGAAUACAAGAGCCACCCUGCAGAGGGGCACCAGGGAAGGUGCUCUGGGGCCUCCUGUACUCUGACCCGCCCCAGUCUUCCCCCAGGUGAAGUGUGAGCAUUACUGGCCUCUAGACGCCCAGCCCUGCACCCAUGUGACCCUGGUGGGUGAGGAGGUGAUGGAGAACUGGACAGUACGAAAUCUGAAGCUCUGGCAUCGCUGGCGUGGGCCGCUCGGGCACCCUCAUUGCCCUGGAUGUCCUGCUGCGGCAGCUGGAGAGUGAGGGUCUCAUGGGGCCCUUCAGCUACAUGAUGGAGAUGUGAGAAAGCCGGCCACAUACGGUGCAGACUGAGGUGAUGGGGAUCCUCGGGCACAGGGUGGGUGGGGUGGGGUGGGGCCCCAGAGGAAAGCAGGCCGAGGCUCAGUAGCGCACCCUCACCUGCCCGUGCUCUGUCCCCAGGCCCAGUAUGUGUUCCUGCACCAGUGCAUCCUUAGGUUUCUGCAACAGUCAUCCCCAGUGCCUGCUGAGAAGGGGCCCACCUAUGAGAACCUGCUUUUCGAGAAUGUAGCUCCUACAGAGGCCUGAGCUGCGGGAGGGCUGAGACCCCAGCCCAUCUAGACUCAAAUUCUGCAUCCCUACUUCACCCCAGAUACCUGGACCCCUGGGACAGCAGAGGGCUGGGGUCCCACACCCCUGGGCCCUGCAGGAAGAGGGGGCUGGCAGCCUAAAUUCCUGCUUUCCGGAGGGGGAGAGAGGUCAGGUGGGAGCCCAGAUCCUGGAUUUCCAGUUCCUUGAAGAAGGAGAGGGAUGGGAUCUAGGAUUUCCUUGUUGCUUUUUGAGGGAGGAAGAGGCUGCAGGGUCUCAAGGAAACAAGCUGAUUUCUGAGGAAGAAAGGAAGUAACGAGGGUCCAGAAUUGUGGCCACCCAAGGCGCGAGGGCAGGCCAGGCAGGAUCCUGCCCGUAUUUUACUCCAGAAACUGAAUCAUCAACCUUCGAGGAUCUGAGGUUUCCCUGCACCCCACUGCCUGUACAUAUUUUUUCUUUUAUCCCAUAAUUUAUUAAAUCACUAUGCUCCCUAGAGACACUUGCCCCAUUGGAUUUCUGGGUCUGGAAAUAAUAUUGGGGUGGGUUCCUGACGUUUAGGUACUGAGGCCAAUGUCCUAGGGAGGAAACUAGAGGGACUCACAAUUUGCGCCUGAAAAAUGUAGGUUUGGACAGUUGAGUCUCUCCGAGAAGGCUGUAGGUCUAGGGUCUGGGCAGUGUGGACUCGCUUCCCUCGAGCUGGGAGCACGGGGGCUUGCCUUCUGGGCACGGCCUUAGGGGAACUUAGAGGGUGGAGUGAAGUCUGUAUCGGAUUUGCUGGAGAAUUUCACGCAUAGUCUCCUGUCUGGAUAUCUGAAUAGCUGGGUCUCCGGAGAGGGUCUUCUGGGUCCUAGAACCCGAUAUCCUGGAGCCUGGUUCUAUGGACAGUCCCGGGGUCUGGGGUGGGGAGAAGGGGUCUGUAUGCCCGGUGGCUGGACUAGAAGGCAGAAAAUCCUUGGGACCAGGAUAAAUAUCCGUGGGCGCCCUGGUGGUUCCAGGCUGGGGCGGGACGAGGGCCGGGGCGGAGUUCUCCACCUUCCAAAUACGCACGCGCACACACACAUACACACUCUCAGGCUUUCUCUCACACACAUAUACACGCUCACACACACGCACACGGGCACAUACACACCCCGGGCUGGCUCCGUUCGGCUGAGCCCCCGCCCCACAGCGCUCCGCGAUCAGCACCCAGGACAGCGCCAGCCACACGCGUGCCGGGGCGGGGUCCGGGCGGGGCCGGCGCCUCGGUAUCUCUCGGGAGGGUCCUGUCUAGCCACCGAGCAGAAAGAACAGUAAGACCCCGCCGCCAUGUUCCCGGAGCCCCCAACACCGGGGCCUCCAGCGACCGACACGCCUCCUGACUCGAGUCGCAUCAGCCACGGCCCUGUGCCCCCCUGGGCUCUGGCCACCAUCGUGCUGGUCUCAGGCCUCCUCGUCUUCAGCUGCUGUUUCUGUCUCUACCGGAAGCGUUGUCGGAGGCGGAUGGGCAAGAAGAGCCAGGCUCAAGCCCAGGUCCACCUUCAGGAAGUGAAGGAGCUGGGCCGGAGUUACAUAGACAAGGUGCAGCCAGAAGUGGAGGAGCUGGAGCCGACACCAUCUGGGCCAGGGCAGCAGGUGGCAGAGAAGCAUGAACUAGGACGACUACAGUACUCACUGGAUUAUGAUUUCCAGAGUGGCCAGCUGCUGGUGGGCAUCGUGCAAGCUGAGGGAUUGGCAGCCUUGGACCUAGGUGGCUCCUCUGACCCCUACGUGCGGGUUUACCUGCUGCCAGACAAACGGAGGCGGCACGAGACCAGGGUGCAUCGGCAGACGCUGAACCCACACUUUGGGGAGAACUUCGCCUUCAAGGUCCCCUACGUGGAGCUGGGGGGCAGGGUACUGGUCAUGGCAGUAUAUGACUUCGACCGCUUCUCCCGCAACGACUCCAUUGGGGAGGUGCGGGUCCCCAUGAGCUCCGUGGACUUGGGGCGGCCAGUGCUGGCCUGGCGGGAGCUGCAGGCGGCUCCUCGGGAGGAGGAGAAACUAGGUGACAUCUGCUUCUCCCUCCGCUAUGUCCCCACGGCCGGGAAGCUCACCGUCAUCGUCCUGGAGGCUAAAAACCUGAAGAAGAUGGAUGUAGCAGGGCUGUCAGAUCCGUAUGUCAAGGUCCACCUGCUGCAGGGUGGCAAAAAGGUGCGGAAGAAGAAAACGACCAUCAAGAAGAAUACUCUGAACCCCUAUUACAACGAGGCCUUCAGCUUCGAGGUGCCCUGUGACCAGGUCCAGAAGGUUCAGGUGGAGCUGACUGUGCUGGACUAUGACAAGCUGGGCAAGAACGAGGCCAUCGGGAGGGUGGCCGUAGGGGCAGCGGCCGGGGGCGCUGGGCUGCGGCACUGGGCAGACAUGCUGGCCAACCCCCGGCGGCCCAUCGCCCAGUGGCACUCGCUGCGGCCCCCUGACCGAGUGAGGCCACCGCCAGCACCCUGAUACCCACCCUCAAGCCCCUGACCCCAGACUCCUGUCCAAAGCCACGUCCAUGCCCACCUAUAAGCCUUCUCUGAACGCUAACACCCCCCCCACUCUACCCAUUCCUGCCUUCUCCCCAUCCCCAUUAUGCCAAUCAUGAUAACCUGCCAACUCCCCCAAUAUGGCACAUGCCCCAAAGCCCCAGGGACCCCUGGGGGAGGAGGAGAGCAGUCUGGUCUCCCGCCAUCCCAGGGUCUCGCCCUCUGCUUUGACAAUCAGUGAUCCCAGCCUACUAUCCCCUUGGCUCCCAGUAUCCCUUUUCCUGCACAGUAUCACCCACUCCUGUCCCCGGUCUGAUUCCUGCACCACUCCUGGGACCAAAUAAAUACUCAGCAACUUUG